UAGAGAGAGAGGGGGAACGACAUGCAGCAAAUGCACUGUGACAAAGACUGAGCCUUUGCGCGUGAGGCGCACGUUCUACCAGGUGAACUAUCCAGGAGCCCCACCUGACGGACAUGUCUCCUACCGAAAUGCCGCUCCCCACCAUAAUCCAUAAUUCUCAUUGAAAUAAACAGGCACGUCACCUAUCCUUCCAUCGCACCUGUCGGUCCCUUCCAUGACUGUCUUGACCCAAUCAACUGAAUCGCAGUUGUUGUGCAAAAACGAAACCAAAACAGUACCCUGCCCUUGGUUUCGUUUUAAAAUAAUAGAUACCCUGGCUGCAGUGAGACGCAUGCUACGACAACAGACAUUGCUGAUGGAGUCUGACCAUGGAUGAGGAGGCUGAACCUGACAACCUUAAUGUGAACUCCAUCUUGGCUCAGGAAUUCUCAGAAAUGCUCCAAGUCCUAAGCAGUCAGUCACCCGCGAUCCUAACAAAGUUGUGCCAAAUAAUGCCCAGUGAUGCUCGUCGGAACAUCAACAUGGACCCCAGUAGCUGUUCUCCAGCAGCAGUAACCGAACAUAUCAAAGCCAUGUUGGAGUACUUGAGGGUGGCCAACCAUGCAGAUUGCUGCAACUUCCUUCAGAGCAUGUGUAUCUUAUGUGAGGGCAUCCCCAUGCGCCUGGAGACGAGGCUUAUGUCAGUGGCUGGAUAUGCAAAUAAUGUUUCCGAAAAUUCCAGUCCCUGUGGAACGGAUGGGAAGUCGUCAUCGCCGCCUUCAGAGCAGCAGCUCAUCAAACGGCCACGGAUUGAUCACUGGGAGAACUACAUUGCUGCAGUUAUGCGUUUACUGCAGAGAAGGUGGGAGCGACUCAGUGAGCGCCUGGUGAGGGAGGUCCAGCCUGAGAAUGUGUGGGUCAGACUAAGAACAGCGAACAGAGGCAGGGACAGACCUGAUCAAACCCCUGGAUCGUCAGACAAAGGGGGCAGAACACCAGAGCCUGAUGGGGAUUAUGGGUACAUGGAUUCCAAAGUAACAUUGGAGACCUUCCUCCAGGGAUGUGCUGGGAAGGUGACAGUUCUCGUUGGCCAGGCUGGAUCUGGAAAAACUCUGCUGAUGUCUUGUUUAGGACAGCAGUGGGCACAUGGACCAGGGCCUAUCCCUUCAUCCUACCUGUUUGUCCUGCAAGAGUUUCGUCAGCUCAACAUACUAUCCCACCCUCUUUCCCUGUCUGAGCUGCUAUUCCGACACUACCUCCCUCUGGAAGGGGGCAACGAUGAAAAGAGCGCCAUUGUGGAUUACCUACUUUCCAAUCCAGAGCAAAGCUGUUGGGUGCUGGAUGGCUAUGAAGAGUUUUCCAGCAAACUCACCAGACAAGAGGUGCAGACAGAGCUUAUGGACCCAGAACAGCCUCUGCCUGUUGCAGACCUCAUCUCAGGGCUGUUAAAUCGCCGUCUUCUUCCAGGAUGUACUGUGGUGGUCACCUGUCGUGCACGCGAUGUCAUGGAUUUUGAAGGCAUAUCGGAUAAAGUUGGGCAGCUACAAGGGUGGGAAUACCACGAGAUCAAGGAGUAUGUGGACAACUUCUUUCAAAUUAAAGGUCACUCAGCAACCAAAGCUAUUGGGGUGCAGGCCACAGAUCUCCUUCUUUCCAGUCGACACCUACUUGCCAUGUCAUCCCUCCCUGCACUCUGCAACAUCUGCUGCAUCUGUCUGGAGCAUUUACUGCUGAAAGGGGAAGACCAACGAGGGACGCAGAUACCGGAAGAAACAGGAAGUGGCAGAAGGAGAAAAGCGAGAGAAAAACAAGAAAAAGGAGUACAGAUUGCAGAAGGAGGAAGAGGAGAAGAGGGCAGUAUAGGAGAGAGUUAUGCACAAAGCAGAGAUCAAGGGGGAGGAAGAACGUGGGGUGAAGACACAAUGAUGGACGGCACAAAUGGUAGAGGCCAGAUACCCUCCACCCUCACCCAGGUCUAUCUCACUAUUCUUGGUGCCUUUCUGAACCGUGACCCUAAUACAAGAGGAUGCCCUGAUGAGCCAAAGACCACACCACAGAGUUUUGUGUGUGAGCUGAGUCAGCUGGCCUGGAAAGGCUUAGAGGAAAGCAAGAUCCUCUUCAUGGAAGAAGACAUCUCUCAGGAUGUUUUGGAGUUUUCAGUCAGGACAGGGCUCCUCGCACAGGUGGAGCUCAGACGUGAGGAUGGGAUUCUUGUCAACUUCUACCGCUUCAUUCAUCUGACAAUACAGGAGUUUUUGGCUGCACUCAGAAUUAUGACCAGUACUGAUGUUAGUGACAUGCAGCUCAAGAAGAGAUUUAGUCUGAGAACUCGCUGGACGACCAAGUCAGACCAGAGGACGGUCUUUACUGACUCUCUUCACCUGUAUGUAUGUGGUCUGGCUUCCCCCCACUGCACUGCAGCCUUGGUUCAAUUAGCCAGGACCUCUGGUGGAACAGGAGGCCAAAGUUGGGUCCAAAAACGACAAACCCUUGUUUUGAAACUACUAAAAAACCUGUGUCACAGCAACACCCUAACUGGACCAAAGAUAUUGGAUCUUUGCCACUGUGUCCAGGAGAGCCAGGACAACCAACUAGCUAAGCAGGUUGUGGGUACGAGACCUACCUUGGAGCUGCGCAACAUCACGCUAUUACCUAAUGAUAUUGAUGCUCUGGCUUUUGUAGUUAACUCAGUAGGUGAUAAUGGCAUUGGAUUGGACUUCAGAGCAUGCUCAAUGGAGUUGGAGUGUUUAGAUGUCCUGCCCAGUUGUCAGUUCAUUCACUACCUCAGUUUUCGCAGCCGCAAGUAUGGCGACAAGUUUGCAAAGAAGUUGUCCUCCAUUCUGCCAAAAUUCACAACGCUGAAAAAACUAGAGUUUUGUGGCGCCAGUCUGACUACCACAGGAGCAGCUAGUUUGGCCUCCACUCUACAGAACUGUCCAAACAUCACAGAAAUCAAUCUGAGUGACAACAAUCUGAAAGACGGAGGAAUCAAACACAUAGCUGAUAUUUUUACCAAACCAUCAAGACUGGUCCUGGUAAGGCUGGGUCGAAACAACAGCUCUCUGGAAGCAGUGGACUAUCUCAUUGGGAAAAUGUCUUCAUGCUUUAACAUCCAGCACCUUAAUGCAGAUGGGAAGAAGGAAUUGACCGUAACUUUCUUCCAAAAUUCCGAUUUGAACCGCCAUAUAACUAAAUCUGAACCAACAAUCAGCUUGUUGAACCAGACAUGGAGCAAGCCUAAGAUGCAAAAAGUUGCAAAGUCACUGGCACGGUGCCCUGCCUUGUCGGUCCUGGAUAUGUCUGGAGGCCAUUUAGAUGUUGAAACUCUGAGGACACUGACUGACUUUUUGCCAAAGUUCAACGUCACCAAAAAGAUCAUUGUGAAUGACAGCUUGUCUUCGGUGGAGAGUUUGAUGAUUCUGACUGCUCUGCUGUAUAAAUGUCCUGCCGUGGUGGAGCUUCAUAUCAGACUACAGAGUCCUUUCCAGGUGUCCAUAUUGUUUCCUGGAGGCAAAGAAAAACCGGCAAAUGAAACAUCUAAAGUGCUCUGUCUCAGCUGCUGUUGUCUGCUGCCUACUCAUCUGGACAGAGUGUGGAGGAGUUUGGGAGCCUCUUCUGAUCUCACUUUGCUGGAUCUGUCCAAUAACUCUUUAGGCAACAAAGGAUUGAAGAAAGUGUUGGACAUCCUGCCUCGUCUUAGUAACAUCCAGGAAGUAAAUGUCAGUAACAAUGGGAUUGGCAUGGAAGGAGUGGUAAUGCUGGCUGGUGCAUUGUCCUCCCAUGACAACUUAACACAAAUUCACAUCAGUCAUGGAGACAGAGACCAGGUGAUUCUGAAGUUCGGCCCUGACAAAAGGGAUGACAAAAUGCAGCUAAAGAUGUUCAGGAUAAACAACAGCAGCCUCAUGCCAUCAGACACAAACCGAAUCUGUGGACGAUUGGUCCUGUGUCGCUCCCAUUUUGAGUUAGAUUUGUCUCACAGCUCAUUGCCAGACAAGGCUAUUGAGAGUCUGGUGAAGAUUCUGCCAAAGAUGGCAUCACUGCAGAGACUCAAUGUCAGCCACAGCAUCACAUCCACAGCUGGAGCCUUGAUGUUGGUCAGAUGUUUGACUGUCAGUCAGCGAGUCACAUCAGUGGAGAUUGCGCCUCAGAUUGAAUCCUUCAUUCAUUUUGCCAGUGUGAAAACCGAACAAGCCAGCUGCAGGUUAACUCGUUGUAACCUGAACGGUGAACACUUGGAAAGGCUGCUCGAGAUCCUACAGCAGGGUCCCCAUCUGUCUGACCUGGAUUUAUCAAGCAACCGACUGGAAGAUGAAGGAGUUAAGUGUUUCCUGGAUUCUCUACAAAAGCUCAAAAUCACCAGCUAUGUGAAUUUGAGCAACAACGGUCUGAGCCAGCAGGGGUUGUUGGAUGUGGCCAGCACACUGUGCAUGUGUAACAGCGUCUCCGGUGUCGAAGUCAGUUUGGGAGCAGAGGAAAAGUGUCUCGUCUGGUUUACACAAUGUGAAGGUUGUGUAAAAACGCUGAGUGUCAGAGAGAGUAGUUUGGAACGUGACUAUCUGGUCAGAUUAGCAGAGAUUGUCUCUACCUGUCCCAGUCUCACCAAACUGGAAUUCAAGAACAAUUUGCUGCAGUCGGAUUGCAUUGAAGACUUUGUGAAACUGUUGAACAGCAGUCAGAGGGGAUUCAGUGUCAGUAUUGAGGAACGUUGGAUCAGAUCUGAGGAAGCUGUUAGUUUGGUGUGUCGCUGUCUGGGCCUCAGCAGCAACAUACACACUAUCAGGGUUCACAACAACACUCUACACCUGUCUUUGAUGAAGUCCACUGAAAUAACCUCAGUCAGCCUCGUGGACUGUGCAGUAGAGGGGUACCAGCUUGCAUCUAUGACGAGCAUCAUCUCGAGGUGUCCUUCACUGACAGAGCUGGACUUCUCCCACAACAGCCUGGGUGUAGAAGGAGCUGAGUUUCUCUGUUCUGUCCUGCCCUCGCUACCAAAUCUCACUUGUCUCAGUAUUGGUUCCAAAGAGGCUUGUGUGACGGUGGUUGAGAAGCUCUCAGAGGCCUUGCUGCAGGUUGCAGGCAUUAAGUGCUUAAACCUAUCAGGUCAUGUGAUUAGUGACACAGCAGCCCAGACUAUGACCCAAAUGUGUCCCCGUCUAAAAUCGCUCAAUCUGUCUCAUUGUAGGUGGUCAGCGGCUGCAGGGUUGCAGCUCGUCACAGCACUGCAACUAUGUGUCAGUCUGGAAGGUCUUUGUCUGGACUCCCUACAGCUGAAUGCAGAGAGCAGUGUGUGCCUGGGACAAGCACUAAGGAAUAUCAACUCUAUACGCAGUCUCAAGCUAAAUAAGAUUGAUACAGUGAUGGGCCCGUCAAAAGCAAACGGUUUGCUAGAUCUCCUAGCUGCUAUGGAGGGACUCACACGAAUGGAGGACAUCGAGCUGGACAGCUGGAGGAUGGCUGAUAGAGGAAUAGAGCAGCUGACCAGACUCCUUCCUAUGUGGACGGAACUCAGGAAGAUCAGUCUAUCGAAAAACCUGAUCAGCGACCAAUCAGGAGAAAAGCUACUUGAAGCUUUGAAGAGCUGUAGUCACCUGGAAGAGCUGCAUCUGUCCAGUAACAGUCUCGGGGAUCUCACUGCUGCCAGGAUGGCCCAGGUUCUACCAUCACUGACGCACAUCACUGUGUUGGAUAUUUCAGAGAACAGGAUUGGACAUGAAGGGUCAGUGAGUCUGUCCAAAGCAAUAACGUGCAUGAAGAACCUCACCAAGAUUCAUCUGACCUCUAUUGGGACUUCAGAGCUGUGUGCUGUAGCUGCCAGUCUGGCCCACUGUCCCCUCAUACAGGAUGUGGGUCUGGGAUGGAAUAAUUGUGGUGAUGAAGUGGCAGUGGAGCUGGCCAGAGUUAUACCUCUCUGUCAGAAGCUGAACAGAAUAGAUCGGGAAAGUCUAACAGGAGUGUUUUUGGAGGGGAAAGGCCCCUGGUUAGAGCCUUACGCCCGGUCUGGGUCUGCAGCUUUUCAGGCUGUGGAGAAACAAAGUCUCCCUCAGUGAGGCCCCAGAGGAUCUUUGAGGGAAAGAGGCUAAAUUUCUCAUCCACAAAAUGUGUCCUUUAUUGUUGGACGGUUUGUAAGCGCCGGGGGAAAAAGAAUAUCCCAGUUCAUCAAAAUCAUAAAGGGGGGAAACCCAAGCUCCCCAGCCAGUGUUUAAAAUAAAGGGGGAGAAAAGGGGAAAUGCCCCAAAAAAUUUAAAAUACCAAGAAAAAUUUACGUUUUUUUAAAGUCCCCCCAAAGGGGUUGGGAAAAAGGAAAGGGGACCCGGGGUAGGAUCUCCAUGUAACAACAAGAGCCUCUCUAGGGGACAAUGUGAAUAGAAAAUACUAAGCCAACACAAACAGAGUAAAGGGGAAACCUCCUCGCUAAACGGAAGUGGAAGGUUAUUAUAUGUCAGCGACUGACAAAUAACCACAUUACGUAUUGUAAAGUUAUUUAAUGAAUGAAAUUGACAUAUUACAUAUCAAUAAGGCCUAUACAAAGAAACUCUGGCUUCCUUUUACCUGGCUCAAAUAGCUGGAUACUAACACAGGCUUUUUUGGUGUAAAAGAAAGCUGUGACCCAUCACAGUGUAAAAACAUUACUGUGUUUGUCCAAAGCGGCAAAGGUAAAUAUGAUUUAUGUGACAGGAGACUGAUGGAUCUUAGUACUUAAUACUGUCACUAUUGGCUCCGCUAUCCCACAAUGCCAUGACAUUCUUUCAUGUGAGAAAAUACUUACUAUAUUUAACGCUGAUACACUGAGUCACUUUGCACCGUAAUGUGUUUACAAUAAUUAGAGGCCACAUUAGUGAAAACACAAUAACUCAUGAACUAACAGGAAGAAUGGACAUUAUAGGUUGUGGUCUCUAUCUAGUUUGCAUAUUGCUUUCUGCUGUUUUCAUGGAAAGCUUACACAAGUUGUUUGUUUACACAAGUGAAUUAUAGCCUAUGCUGUUUCUAUUGAACAAGAAUUGUGAAACACCAUAAACUUUGAGAAUAAUAGAUUCUAGUAUCUUAUCGUGCUGAUAAUGCUACAGUGAUGCUCUCAUUCUGACACACGAUCACCUUAUUUCCUUAUCCAUUCCUCUACGUGUUUCUUUUGUAUUCAUUAUUUAUGAUUUGUUUAAAUUUAAACUAUUCAAAGGUUGUCUACAAAGACACUGGAUUUUAAUGAGCACACACAGGGCUGCCCUGUGGCACUGUAGCUCAUCUGUUAA